AAGUUCUGAUAAUUUGCUGGCUUAUUGAAAAGGUUGUAGAGGAAACUUGUCAUCAGCAUGUUUACAGCAAGGUUUUUGGGAAGGACAUUCCUUGCUGCAGCCAAGUCAGAAGCUUCUGCUACGACUGCUGCAGCCAAGUCAGAAGCUUCUGCUGCGGGUGCUGCAGCUUCUUCUUCUGCUAGGACAUCAUAUAAUCCUUUGGAGGAGUUCUUUGAGGCAGAUAGAAGUCAAGAUGAUGAGAAACCUGUUGUCUAUGGUCGCAGUUGGAAGGCUUCUGAAUUGCGUCUUAAGUCUUGGGAUGAUCUUCACAAGCUAUGGUAUGUGCUGCUGAAGGAGAAAAACAUGCUUAUGACUCAACGUCAAAUGCUCCAUGCACAGAACCUACGAUUUCCAAAUCCAGAACGUCUCCCCAAGGUGAGGAAGUCAAUGUGUAGAAUCAAGCAAGUACUCACAGAAAGGGCAAUUGAAGAUCCUGAUGCUAGGAGGUCUGCUGAGAUGAAGAGGAUGAUAAAUGCUUUAUGAUGUCUUCUGAUUUUCGUGUACCCCUCCCCUCCUUCAACUUAUGAAACAAUUAUAUUCUUAGUUCUGGUGGCAAUCCUGUCUGUCU